AUGGCAAACAACAAAGAUGUUGGUAACACCGAAGCUAGUAAAAAUAAUACGUCCGAACAUGAAAUCGAUGAACUUGUUAAUACACAUAUUGCUGUGGAUACGCCAACGUCUUCUACUAUCAGCUCAACUCGUACGAAUAGUCCGCCGUUGAUGGGAAUAUACGCUCGUUCAGCUAAACGUCGUGUCGACAGUGAUUCAACUGUUCCAGUACGUGUCGAUGGUACAGAUACCCAAAAUCAACAAACACAACACCAUUAUCAAAAUGUUCGGCCGAUUUCUGAUGAGUCACAAAAUCAAUCGAACAACGAAAAACUACUAGAAUCUGGCGAGUCAUUCAGUGCCAAACGUGAUUAUUUCGAGCAGCGUUUUAAGACUCCUCCACCAACCUACGAUGCACCACCGAUACGAAAGCCAUCUGCUCAGAAGAUCAUCACGACGAUUACGACGACAACAACAACAACUGCACCAGUCGGCUCAAACGUUCAGGAUCGAACCAGUUCGUCGUCCAAUGAAUCUCCCUCUGUUGAUCGUGUUCUCGAACAAGCCGUUGAAUUACAAAAACUCAGUAAUAUGAAUUCAUCGAAACCUGAAUCGUUACCACCAUUAGUUAUCGAACGUACAGAAGAAUAUCAAGUAUUUUUAAAUGCUGUCAAUCACGAAAUCCGCCGCACGCCGAGUAUUUCACGUACAACAAUCGUACCAGCGAGUAAAAUCGGACAUGCAACUGAUCUUGACGAAGCACAAGCUCAUGCACAAACGGAACAUUUAACUGAUGAUCACGAAGCGAUACAACAAUUAACUCGUGCACUUCAGGAACACAAUGUAACGACUAUUAACGAAUACAAACGUUUACCAUCUGUAACUACACCGUCGACUCCAUCCGCGCUGCCAUCCAUGCUUCUUGUUGAUAAAACUAAUUUACCUGUCGUGUCCAAUGAAUUUUCUGUUAUUGAUGCUUUAUUGAAUAACCCCCUGGGAUCUAUUGAUGAUCGUUAUAAUAGUUUACUAAGUAUACGUUACAAUGAUAUUGUGAAUAAUCUGCAUAAUCCUGAAUAUUUGAAUACAAUUAAGCAAUCGACGACAAAAACAAGUAAAGAAUCGAAGAAGAAACCCAAGGAAAAGAAAUCGAAAGAGACAAAAUCGAAGAAAAAGCCUGCAAAAACAACCGAAACAGUAGAACAACCUGUCGGGACACCUCGUUUGGAAACUUCUCAAAUACAGCAAGCUCAAACUACUGAGUCAAUAGUUCCUCCUGUUGCCAUUUCAUCCGAACAAACACCUCUCAUCGAUCCUAAGGAAAAGAAAAAGCAAGACAAAGAGAAUAAGAAACAAGCCAAACUGAAAUCGAAGCAGAAGUCAAAGAAUGAUGAUUAUGAAGUCCUUGAUGCGAUUGUCGGAAGUCCAAUAUCACUUCGUUUGCCAGAUGCGUAUCUCUCCAAAUAUCACGUCAGUGCUCCAUUAUCACAAUCAUUUGUCUCUCCACCUGUUUCACCGUCCGUACCAGCAACAACGGCAACGAAAGGCAAAGCCGAUAAGGGUUCAACUUCAGAUAAAAAUCAAACAUUAAGUCACCUUGUCAAAAUUGUCCAUGAACUUCAAUUACAUAAUGCAACUGCUUUAGUGGCUUCACUUAAUUCAACAUCACCGAAAACGAACACAUCAAUAGAAACGAAACAACCUGUAAUUGCCGACAAAAGAACAGUACCUAUUACACACGAGAGUGUUGAACAACAGCCUCUAUUAGAACAACAAAAACGUCCCGUAAUUCAUCACACUCAAACAGAAGUGCGUCCACAAUCAGAAGUAAUCAAACCGCGUAUCAUUUAUCGAUAUAUCGAUGAACAUGGGCGUGUACUUAAAAUCUCAUCGACACCACCGUCGCAAUUACGUGAGCAACCAUCGCAACAACAAUACACCUAUCGUCAAGUCGAACCGUCCUACUUUCAUGGCAGACACAUUGCUGUUGACGACGAACGUCGUCAUCCACUGCCAACAUAUGAACAGCGUGCAGCGUGGCAAGGCGAACCCAAACUGCCUACGACAGUUACACGUGAAGAUUUCGAAUCACGAGAUAAGCGUGUUCCACACGUCAGCGAACAAUCAGUUCUGAGUUCUCGAACAAUUCCUGUCAGUGUUGAUCCGGAAUAUCCACCCAAAUCCCAUUCAUCCCAUCACCGAACGUAUCAUUAUCCCAAUCCACAAAAUGUUAAACUAGCUUGGCUACCACUCUCCUGUCAAUCCGAUCAACCCUAUGGACCAAACGGUACAGUCGGUUAUGAUACGGACUCAACUAUUAGCGAACGGUCAGCAACAUAUCGUCCAUACGAGUAUGGACCUGCCGAUAGUCAUUACUAUCAAUCUAAUCGACCGUUACAUAAUGAUUAUUACUAUAGUCGUCCAUCAGGUCCAUCCUAUUAUCCAUCUCCUCCGCCAGUGCCCUAUGGCGGUCGGGGUAUAUCUCCUGAAUACGGUGGUGUACCUCGAAAUUACAUCGAAGUAUUUCGUGGUGGUGAUUUCCGUGAAACUAAACCAAGUGAAAUCUAUUCAUUACCAUUAAAUGAACACAUACGCACAUCACCCAUUACACCAUCAAGUAAUCGUCAUUCACGCUAUGAUCAAUAUCAAUCGGAAAGAUACAGUUCAACACUGAAUCGUAACAAUACAUCUUCCGAACAUUCGAAUUAUUACCCUCAAACCUUACCUAGCUCACGCUAUCAAACAAACAUUCCACCGACAACUGUACAUACAUCUUCCUAUUACUCACAUCGUAGUCCGUAUCACCAUCGUACAGUUCAAAGUAGCCCUAAUCCUGACUAUCCAAAUUUCGUUCGUCAAUCGAAAUCGUUCGACUAUCGUCCGCUGCGUACUAAACUUCAACGCGAAUAUAGGAUAACACCUAAUCUUCUCGUUGACGAAUGGGAAUAUCCUCGUACAAGUGAUUCUAUAAAAUACUCGACUAUGACAGCAUCCAAUACGAAUCGCAGUGGUGUUUCAUCGCCGGAUGAUGUUUUCACAACGAAUCCAUAG